AGUUUCAAAUGCACGACAUGCUUUAAAUUAUUCAGUAACUCGAGUUCACUAGCCAAACAUAAAGUGACACACAGUGAGGAGAGGAAGUUUGCAUGUUUGCACUGCAAUAAAACUUUCAAAAGACAGGACCAUCUGUUAGCUAUUAAAUGUUUA